AUGAACACGCAGAUUCUUCUUGCUAUUAUUCCGUUGAUGUGCACGGCGCUGGCCGACGGGAAUCAAAACUAUCAAGACAUUUGCAAGGCCACUCCCCCCAAAUCGCAGGAGAAAGUGGAUGGAGUGUCGUUCAAAUACACGUGCAAUUCGGGCUGCGACACUGCAAAUCUAGUCAAGAUUUCGGGCAAUUUUGACCAUCCUGAUGACUGUGCAAAAGAAAUCGCCUCUUCCUCAGAAGAACUCAUCACAUGGGUGCCUUGGGGUGCGUGCUGGAAGUGCACGGCGCCUGGGACAGGACCGGUGUCGUAUGACACCAUAGUGAUGGAGAAGGUCAAGAGUAGCCCUUUCUCUCCGCCUCCUUUGACCUGUGACGAUAAGCUGCUUCAGUGUGAGGCCGAUUUGAAGAAAUGCCAGGGGAGCACAGGAAGCGGUUCUGGCAGCUCUGGUAGCACUGGUAGUGGCACUGGCGGUUCUGGAGGUAGCUCCAGUAGUGCAGGUAGUGGUGCAGGUAGCGGUUCUAACUCCAGAUCUACGCCCACCUGUGGCAAGGCCUAUAAUCGUGGUGGUAAUGACUGGGAAAUCAACUGCAACAAGAUUACUGGUGGUCCCAAGAAAAUUAAGGAGCCCGGCAAAGGUCUGCAGGAGUGUAUCGAUAACAUUCCCAACUUGAAAAUCGUAAUAAAAACUAUGGAGACCGCUAACCAUGAAAGUCUUGAGACCAAGGUGUCAUUGCCUCAGACGGAACUCCCGGCAUGGGAGGAUGAUCCAGCCAAUGCGCAAAAUUGGGAUCUAUCUAAAAAGGUUUACAACACUGCCGUGCCGUCAAUCCUGUGUCUUCUAAUAUCAUUCGGACUUGCUAUCUACUCCCCAUCGCACGAACAUGUUCAAGCCGACUUUCACACCUCUGCCACCAAGUCACUUCUGCCAUUCACCAUGUACGUCUAUGGACUGGCAUUCGGGCCUAUGAUUGCUGCUCCCAUCAGCGAGACUCAUGGCCGGCGCUUUAUCUACCUCGUUAUGACCCCCUUCGCCCUGCUGUUUAUUCUUGGAGCCGGGUUUUCCCAGAACUUGGGCAGCCUAGUGGUGUGCCGCCUGCUGGCGGGCCUGUUCAUCUCGGCUCCGCUGGCUGUCGGCGCUGGGACUAUCAUGGACAUGUGGAGCGGGCCAGCAGCUGGUCGUGGCGUGAUAAUCCUCAUGACUAUCGCCUUCAUGGGACCAGCGCUUGGAUCUUUGGUCGGCGGCUGGGUGGCACAAUACAAUACCUGGCGCUGGUCGCAGUGGACUACGCUGCUUUUGGGGGCUAGCUGCUGGGCCUUCAGCAUGGGCGCGCAGGAGUCUUACGCAUACCCAAUCAUCCGCCGUCGUGCCGUCAAACUAGGCCUGCCUGUCCCUCCCAAUCCUAUACCGGGAGGCCUGGCCGGCAUUCAGAUGAUGCUGACUGUGACCCUGGCGCGACCGAUCUACAUGUUCUUGGCCGAGCCUAUUGUCGCUUUGUGCUCUCUUUACUCCUCGCUCAAUUUCUCCGUUCUAUUUUGUUUUCUUGCCUGUAUCCCCCUCAUUUAUACCGAUGUCUACGGCUUUACUCCGGGUCAAUGUGGACUGGUUUUUAUCUCGCUGGCCCUGGGAUGCGCCUUCGGAUGCUUCGCUCUCCUCGUGAUAGACCACUAUACUAGGGCCCUCUAUCGACGAAACCACACUGGAGGCCUCAGUCCCCCACCGCCGGAACUGGUCUUAUGGGCCGCUAUGCUGGCUAGUCCGUUUAUGCCCGCCGCCUUGUUCUGGUUCGCGUGGACAUCAACCUGUAAUGUCCACUGGAUGAGUAGCAUCAUCGCAGUCGGGCUCUUUGGUUGCUCCAAUCUCAUGAUUUUUGUUUCAACUGCCCUCUAUUUGACACGUGUGUACGGGGCCAAAUUUGGGGCCUCCGCGUUGGCUGCAAAUGGCCUGCUCCGUUACGGUAUCGGUGGUUCUUUUCCUCUCUUCACCCUCGCUCUGAAAAUGUCUCCGUCUCACGCUCCAUAUGGGAAAUGGAAAAGCCCGCUCACCGCGGAACGGUUGGCAACCGACAGCAUUUCGCUGCAUGAAGUAGUCGUCGAUGAGUCAUCCGGUGCUAUAUACUCGGUUGAAUGCCAUCCCACCGAGGGUGGACGCUUUGCGAUUAUCCAACAUCUCAAUGAACAAAGCCGAGAUGUUUUGCCGAAAGAAUAUAGUGCACAUGCAACGGUGCAGGAGCUCGGAGGUGGUUCCAUUUUAAUGAGACCUGAUGGAAAAGUUCUCUUUACGAAUGAAACGACUUGCAACAUCCAUCUGUUGGAUCCCGCGUCGAGCCAGGUUACUCUUGUUCAUUCGGCAGUCGAGGGCAUUCGGUAUGCUGAUUUCUGCAAUCAUCCUGUCCACACACAAUGGAUCCUUGCUAUUAAAGAAGAUCACCGGGAUGCGACGCAUGAGACUCAGGCAACUCACGUGCAUAACACGUUGGUGGCGAUUGACAUUGUCUCCGACACCGAGGUCACCAUUGCCCAAGGCGAUGACUUCUACUCGCAUCCUAAAUUCGAUCCGUCGGGCAAAUAUGUCUCAUGGAUUCAAUGGACCCAUCCUGACAUGCCAUGGACAGGAACCGUGCUUUACGUCGCUGAGUGGGCAGAUGGAGCUCUGAAAAAUGUGACUAAGGUGGCUGGGAAAUACCAGGAGGAGAGCAUUGCCCAGCCGCGAUGGGGCUUGGAUGGAGCACUGUACUUUGCAAGCGAUCAGACAGGAUAUUUGCAGCUAUACUCAUACAACGUGCAUGAUGCUUCUGUGCGCUAUCUAUCCCUCGAGGGUCUAGAAAACGCAGACUUUGCGGCUGCUGAGUGGGAGUUGGGAAGUUCCACAUAUUUCUUACUCGAUGAAAAGACCAUGGUCGCGACGGCAAUCACUCAUGCCACCAGUGAGGUUGUUCUUAUCGACAUUCCCACGUUGUCGGUCCGAAGCCUGGGACUUCCAUACGUUGACAUUGGGGUUCGCGCCAAUGGGAUUUUUCGAGCUUCGUCCAGCUCCUUCGUUGUCGUCGGCGCUUCCAGAACUUCUCCUCAGGAACUAGCUUUGGUUUCACUCGCUCCUUCAUUCGAAGCGAAAGCAACCGUUCUGACGUCGACUGCAUCAUUCGAUCUGGCGCCGGAAUACGUCUCUAUCGCCAGACAAUACACCGCUCCUCAGAAAUAUGGCCCACUAUGCGACGGAAACGUACACAUGUUCUACUUCCCCCCUUGCAACCCUGAAUUCAAGUGCGAGGACCGUCUUCCCCCUCUCCUGAUGAACGUCCAUGGAGGACCAAAUGGAUGCGUCACUCCUGCCCUGAACCUGGAAAUUCAAUAUUGGACCACACGCGGGUUUGCUGUCUGCGCCCUCAACUACACUGGUUCCACCGGGUUCGGACGAGAAUACCGAGAACGACUUUCCGGGUACUGGGGCCUAGUAGAUACAGGCGAUGCAGUCACCGCGGUAGAAUUUCUAGCCAACGAAGAGCUGAUUGACAGAGCCCGCGUGGGCAUUUACGGUGGCAGCGCGGGUGGAUACCUCACCCUGCAGGCUCUCCAUAUGUACCCAGAUGUCUGGGCAGCGGGCGUGAGCUCCUACGGUAUCAGCGAUGUGAAGGCUCUACAGGCGGAUUCAUAUAAGUUCGAGAGUCAGGAUGUGGACCGAAUAUUGCUGAGCAAAACUGCGAAAGAGGAUAGGGAGCAGGAGCUCACGAAUCGCAGUCCGUGUCAUUAUGCCGAUAAGAUGAAGGCUCCGUUGCUCUUGUUGCAGGGAACCUCGGAUAUGGUAGUUCCUGUGGCACAGGCGAGAAUGAUGGCUAGCGCUAUGCAUGCGCAUGGACGUGUCGCGGAUGUAGUUGAAUUCGAGGGUGAGGGCCAUGGGUGGGUUGGUGAGAAUACUAUCUAUGAGUCUUAUAAGCGGAAGGAGGAUUGGUGGUUACGCCACUUGACUUGA